GCAGCCUGAGACCCGGGCGGCCGAAUGAAAGCUCAUCGAGUCCCCGCAGCCUCUCAUCCCUCCCCGGGCAGAAGGACCGACGCGGCCGCCAGUAGCCGUCAUCUGCCGGACGGACUUUGCCAUUCUGGAGCUACUUUUUGUGUUGCAGCUCACCGGACGCCACUUUACUCUCGCGACGGAUUUAAACCGCCGAAACGCGCCUGAAAUCCUCAUGAAAGUGUAAUUGGAGGAGGACCAGAUGGGUUUUAUGGUCAUUUUGCAACCUGGAAACAAGGCGCCUUCUGCUGUGUUGGCUUUGGAGCCCUCGGAGUCCACGGCCGUGUAGCCCGAAGGAGACGGCCUGAUGCUGAAGACACCACAGCCGACAUUAGUCCAACAUUUCCCACAUAGCCUCGUCUGGACAUCUCUCUGAGUAGAGUUUGUUAAGCCCCCCUGACGCCCAACACGUCUGGAGAUGGACCUGGGGCUAUUGUCCCACACCGGUUCCCGUGCUUGUGGCGAAUGUUGGAGGCAUCAGAUUGACUGCUGGUGAGGGACACCCCCCUCCCCAAGAAGCCCAGGAUGCCAGGAUGCCCAUCACUCAGGACAACGCCCUCAGCAUCCUCCCCCUGCUGGAGAACUGGCACGGGUCUCAGAGCGCCAGAUCACAGCAGGACCACAACCUGAAUCGAGAGAAUUCUGGCUGCAAGCAUGUGGACCAGGACGCCGACCACAAUGGGGAAGUGGACAGUGUGUGCAGCAGCAGCAGCAGCAUCAACAGUGUCAAUGUGGACGACAUGUCCCUGUGUCUGGCCGCCAUUCAGAAGCUGAUGGAGUACAUCGACUUCAACUUCACGGAGGGGGACCCAGCCCUGUCCUCCUGCAGGGACGGGCUGGACGUUGAGGUCCACGCCGUGUCGCUCAGCAAAGAAGAGGGCGACGAUGGGGGGUUCGGCCUCAGUUUUGGGAACAUCCCCAUUUUUGGGGAUCCCGAUGGCAGAAAGAAAGGAGGUCCGAGGAGGAGGCGGGACCAGGGCCCCAUCAUGGAUGUGGGCUGCAUUUGGGUGACGGAGGUGAGGAAGAGGAGCCCGGCGGCCCGCUGCGGGGGCAUCAAACUGAGGGACGAACUGCUGUCACUCAACGGGCAGCUGAUGGUGGGAGUAGAUGUCAGUGGAGCCAGUUACCUGGCUGACCAGUGCUGGGAUGGAGGCUGCAUCUACCUCAUCAUGCUGCGGCGAGUCAAGCGGAAGGCUCCCCCCCCUCCCUGCAACGCCAACGGCAGCGCCGGCACCGCUGCCAUCGACGACCGCUACGAGGACCCGCCGCAGCGCCGAGCCGUCCCCGAGGCCUCCGACGCCUCGGCCAACGGCAUGCGCACGCGCAAGUUCGGCGUCAUAUCACGGUCGUCCUCCAACCGGGACGCCGAACCAAAGGGCUCUCGCCGCGACGGCCCCACUGCCUUCGCCCCCGCCGACGCGGCAGAGGACCCGGGUCGCGGCCAGUCGGCGCACGCGCUGCCGGCGGGGAGCCCGGACGCCUCUCCUCGGGUGCGGGGCGGUGGCCAGCGGCCGCGCGGCGGGUGCACCGCCACCCUGCCCGCCAGGUGUCACAGCCAGCUGUUGGACAGCAGGAUGGAUUUUUUCAGCAGCGAAGCUUCAAGCCCGCCCAGAGAGGGCAGCUACAUCUGGAAGAUGCACAUGGUGAAGGGCGAGGAGGGCCUGGGCAUCCAGAUUACAGGAGGGCGCGGCUCCAAGCGCUCCCCCCACGGCAUCGUUAUAGCUCACGUGGAGAAGGCGGGCGCCAUUUACAGGGACGGACGCCUUCAGGCCGGCGAUGAGUUGCUGAUGAUUAACGGUCAGUCUCUGGUGGGUCUCACUCAUCAGGAGGCGGUCGCUAUCCUCCGCUCCACCUCUGGGCUGGUCCAGCUGGUGGUGGCCAGCAGGGAGGAGUCAGACGUGGGUUUUGAGCGCUUCCCCUCCACCAGCCUACCCGACCUGGUCAACACCUGCAAUUCAUUGUCCUCCCUGUCUCAGACCGCUCCGGCCUCAGACUGCAGCCCCGACCCACACCCCCCCAGCCUGCUGAGUGACCUGGAGAAACCAGAGGGACAGAGUCAUGGCGACGCACCCAGAGGAUCCUGCUGCAGCCCCACGUCCAUGAAGCCCGGCAGUCGCUCCCAGGGAGGGUGCAGUCGCCUGGAGUCGGUGGGGGAGGACGAUGAACUGUUGGUGGGGAACGGUGUGAGCAGCUGUGAAAGGACGGAGAAGCCUCCACCCGGACACCGCAAACACUCCUUACCUCAACAGCUGGACACCGCUGGAGUGAGACAGGAUUAUCAGAUCAUUAAGAAAUCAGCCCGCUCCCUGAGCACCAUUCAAGUGGAGUCUCCAUGGCGACUGGCGCAGCCGUCCAUUAUCUCCAGCAUAGUGCUGAUGAAAGGCCAGGGCAAGGGCCUGGGAUUCAGCAUUGUUGGUGGGCACGACUCGGCUCGCGGUCAGAUGGGAAUUUUUGUCAAGACUAUUUUCCCUCACGGAGCCGCAGCCGCAGACGGACGACUGAAAGAGGGGGACGAGGUCCUGGAAGUGAACGGGGAGUCCCUGCAAGGACUCACGCACCAACAGGCCAUCCAGACCUUCAAGCAACUGAAAAAAGGUGUGGUGACGUUGACAAUCCGAACCCGCCUGCGCAGUCCCAGCCUGACCCCCUGUCCCACCCCCACCCUCCCCAGCCGCUCCAGCUCCCCCAACUCCAACACCAGCGGGGGAACACCCGUCCCCCCAGGGGGUGAGGAGGCUGAUGGCCACAAGGGCCCCGGACCUGGUCCCAAGGACUGCAUCAUCAUGGAGGUCACACUUAAUAAAGAGCCCAGUGUUGGUCUUGGGAUCGGAGUCUGCUGUCUCACCCUGGAGAACACCGCCCCUGGCAUCUACAUCCAUAGCUUGGCUCUGGGAUCUGUGGCCAAGAUGGACAGCAGGCUCAGUCGUGGGGAUCAGAUCCUGGAGGUGGACUCGGUCAGCCUCCGUCACGCCGCUCUCAGCGAGGCCUAUGCCAUCCUCAGCGAAUGUGGCCCCGGACCUGUCAGUCUAAUAAUCAGCAGGCACCCGAACCCCAAGGUGUCGGAACAGGAGAUGGAUCACAUCAUAGCUCGAUCCACACAGCGCGACAAAAUGAGCAAAAGCCGACCAUCGUCUCACCCCCAAGGUGUGUCCUGUAAGAGCCCCGGCCCGACGCUGAAGGACAGGCAGGGAGAUUCCCCCCUGGAUCUCAGCUGGACCAUGAAGAGGUUCCUGGAGCCGGCCAGCAGACACGGGUCUCUGAGCUCAGAGACGGAGUUAUCUCAGUACUUCUCCCAGGAUGCUUCCGGCCACUCCUUCUCCUCCGAGUCCGUGCUGAUGGGCUCCACCAGCGACGAGGCGCUCCAGCCGGGGAGCUGCAGCACUUCCAUGGAUGACAACUCAGCACGGCCACUUGACGUGGAGAGUGGCCCCGGGCGCAAUGCAUCGCAAGACGAGACCCGCGUCGAUCACCACGUGGAGGCAGUCGGCCAGCCCGUCGGCGUCUGCAGCCCCGCCCUCGCGCGAAGCCCGCUGCUCCGCCAGCGGCGGCUGAUGUGCUUCGAGGAUGAGCUCAGCAAGGAGGAGGACGGAGAGCAAGCCAGAAACACCGGGCUCCCCCACAGGCCGACAAAAGUGGACCCACCCAACCGCAGCGGCGGCGGCCCAGCAUCCCAAGCUCCGCCGCCGUUAGAUCUAAAUGGAAACAGGGAAGAGGGCGAUGUGCACAAGGGCGGGAGCCAUGAUGAUGGUAGUUUCCCGCAGUGUGAGGAAGGAAUUGCCAUCGAGUCAGAGUCACCCGAGGGGCCCCUUAUGCCCAUUCGCAAGCCAGGGGGGGCGAGCGCUUUGGUCAUCAACAGUGAGAACCAUCCGCACCAAGAGGACGGACAGCUGGAGUCAAAGCGCUCCCCCAAGCUGGAACAUAAAGCAGUGACGCGGGUCAAGAGUAUGAUGAGCAUCGAGGCGCCCAACCUGCCCCAGCAGCAGAAGGCCAAAGCGGAGGAUCCCUCCCCAGGCUUGGGUCUGCCCCCUUCCCAAGCCACCCAGUGUGGAAGAAACCCCAAGGCGGCUGGUGGCUCGGUACCCCAUCAGCCCUGCAAGAGGGGGGAUGCCAGUGAGCUCGUGGGUGUCUGUACCAUCGACUCUGUGACGCUGAGGAGAAGCGAGGACGAGUCGUUCGGUCUGGACCUGGAGAUCACGUCGUCCCCUCUGAAAGUGGUCAUCGUUGCGCUGAGGCCCGGGGGGGCGGCAGAAAGGGAAACUACAGGAAACCUUUGUCCUGGAGACGAGAUCGUCAGAAUUGGGGAAACGUCGGUGCGCUCCUCUACUUACCAGGACAUCUGUGAGCUCAUGCACAACCUUCCCAUCACUCUGUCCCUGGAGAUCAAGAGACCGGUUUCAGCUGUAGAUCGGCUGUCCAGUUUGAUCACUUCAUCAGGGAGCAGUGACGGAGCCACCGCACCAAACCCCCCCAGACCAGUUCAGGGGACAGCUAAGGAAGGACAAGUAAUGGGUGCAGAUUCAGGGAAUUCCAACUACGCCAACGAAACAGACUUUCAAAUCCCCAUCACCAAUAUAGAUGAUAUCUUAUCAGAACUAAGCCUCUGCAGUACUACAAAUACACACACUAAUUCCCCCAGACAUCCGUCUAAUGAGCCUGUGUCCUGCCACUCAAGCCAGCAGACAGUAACCCAGUAUGAGAAAGCUGGCGUUCAGGUUCCAAUAAAGUCCCCCCCUCUGGACGGUUCCACCUUGGAUGCAGGAAAUGAAAAAAAGGCCAUGUCCCCUAUAGAGACAGAAAGCUCUCCUGUCUCCAGCGGCUCACUUCCCCAAAGACUUGAUGCCGGUUCAAAGUCGAUGUACCCCGUAGAAGAUGAAAGCGAUUCCAACAGCAGCUCCUCCACUGACAGCAUUGUAGUGGUCAAUGGGAUGGCAGGAAGUGCUGGUAUUCUUCAUCAGCCCUCCGAUGAGGAGGAAGUGGAGUUCUGUUCAUGUGAUGCCAAGCAACCUGCUGCUGAUGAAAUCUCUCAUUUAAGCCACUCAGCCAUCGGGUCGCCAUCUUUUCCGCAUGCUGGCAGUGAAAACACAUCCCUGGACCACAGCUUGGUGCAACCAUGCCAAUCUCCCAACAGUACAACACCUGUGAAUUCCUCAGAGUGCCACAACAACAGUGCCAUUCAAGGUGUGACAUCCACUCCCACAAGCAUUCCCUCUGCACCAAGGACCCACACAACCGACAAGGUCGCUACGACUACCAAUUUGAAUUCAGAUGCCUCACUGACCUCUUCUUUAUUAAAGCCCUUGAAUACAAAAACACUCCAUUCACCUUCGAUGGAGUCAAAGAACUCGGGUACAAGCACAGACCAACUGGGUACGAGAGUGGCAGCAUCAAUGACGAGCAAAGAAAAGGCCUUGGAGUGUAGAACCAAUUUAAACCCCCAUGUUAUCUCCGUGUUGAAGAGGAACUCUGGGCUGAAACUUCUUGAUAGUAUUGACUCUCCCGGGUGGAGUAGUAACUAUAAACUCCAGGUCGAAACUCAUAUCAGACCAAUCACAAAUGCUCCAAAAUUGAAGGGCCUCAGUAUUAAAAGUAAGAACAAAGCACUGGAGCAGCUGACCGGCAGGGAAAGUCUAGUAUCCUUACACACCAAUGCUUCCUUCAACCAGCCACCAAAAUCUGCAUCAACGGCAACUACGUCCAGCUCUCUGAAGACCACCAGCCAAUGCCUCGAUCUGCCCAAAGCAAGUGACAGAAGGCAAGCAGCAGCUGAGCACAGGCCUUCAGGUAGCAAGUCACAAACGGUGCAACUGGCCCAAGAGGUCCAUUCAAGCUCCAAAUCACACACUACUGCCACUCAGAGAACAUUCAUAGAAGUUCGACUGUCUUCCAUCUCUGCUUCUUUACCACCAGUUAUGGCAAACAAAGAAACCGGGAAUUCCGAAUACUCUAAACCCACUGAAAGAGGCACAGACUCUGGAUCAGCCUCCAAGCUUUCUCCUGCCGACUGCACGGAUGAAAAGACCAACGGCCCGGUUAGUAACACCGUGUUUAAUUCUCUGUGUUAUGCUAAAGAAACUGACUCACCCUCAAGGAAUGGCUCAAAACCCAGUACUAUUGUAGAGACGAGUGAGACCCUGAAGAUAAGCAUGUCCAGACUGUACAUAAAGACGAUGGAGAAGCGAUGCCUCACCACAGACCUGGCCUUGUCAGCGGGCCACAAUCCUUUCUCUGUCCGACACAAGAUAAAGUCCUUUGAAAACCUGGCUAACUUUGACAGGCCGGUGGCUAAAAGCAGUGAGAUCCAGUCCUACGCUCUGGCGUACAGAGCCUCGCUUAACCAAAGGAUCGCGGGUUACAUGGACGUCGUCAAUUCUAUCGACUGCCGGCCGCGGCAACGGAGUUUUAGUUCUUACGUGGAGAACCUGAUCACCACUGCGCCCGGCUCACCUCUCCUCAGGAAAUCUCCAUCCAGCAUCACACUGCUCAACCUAGAGCUCCCUCAUUCGAGCUAUGAAGCCUCCCCUGUGGCGGACGGCAGUCCAGAGGGUCGAGGUCUCAGAGCGCCAGAUGGGACGGCCCCGCAGACCCCUCAGUUGCUACGCAGGAAACACGGCAAACUGGCCCGCAGCAGGUUACGGCAGCUCAGGGCUCUCAGCAUGCCCGAACUGGAAAAACUAUGCAGCGAGGACUUUACCAGAGACCUCGAUGCUGCCGUGGAUACGACCACCAUACACAAGAAAGCAACAGACAGUGUUCCACCUUCUGCAACCCCGAAUAGAGCUGACGUGAACAGGGACAGCAGAAGGGAUGCUGCAUCCACGAAAGAAGCUCAGGAGACCCCAGAAACCCACGGACACCAGCCUGGCUGGGCAGUCAGCUUAAAGGAGCUGGCUUCCUCUCCGCUGAGUCGGCGUAAGCUGCAAACCCUGCUCUCCUCCCCGGCGCUUCAGUCCUACGUGUCGGCCCUGCUGCAGGAGACCGAGGGUCUCUCUGAGGUCAACGGUAACGCUCAGCUGGUGGUCCUGAGCAAAGAGGAAGGCUCGGGGCUCGGCUUCAGUGUUGCCGGCGGAGUCGACCUUGAGCAGAAGGCCAUAACUGUCCAUCGGGUCUUCACCAAAGGGACAGCGAGCCUCGAGGGAACAAUCCAGAGAGGGGACAGCCUCUUGUCCAUAAACGGCACCAGUCUGGCAGGGAAGACCCACGCCGAGGCGGUCUCCAGCCUCCACCAAGCCAGGUUGUCCAGUCAAGCCUUGGUGGUCAUCUGGAGGGACGAGGACAGCGAACCGGGCGCCUCGGACACACAGGACUCCGGCCGGCCAAAGAGGACCAGCAACACUGGGAGGAGGUGUCCGGGGGCCGCAGCAGUUGUGGACGUGGGUCCAGACGGCACUCUAACGGUGGAGCUCCACAAGUCCUCCGCCGGCCUGGGUUUCAGUCUGGAAGGGGGGAAGUCGCCGUCCCACGGAGACAGGCCUCUCACCGUCAAACGCAUCUUUAAAGGAGGCGCCGCGGAGCUGUCCGGGUUAAUCCAAGUUGGUGACGAAGUAGUGUCCAUCAACGGCUGUUCUCUGGAAGGCCUCAUGCACCACGACGCCUGGAAAAUCAUCAAAGCCACCGACGAAGGGCCCAACCGGCUCCUCAUCCACAGGCCGAGGAGCCCGACUGGGACCAACAAGGACAGGGAAAGCUCCUGAGAGGGACCAAUGUCCAAGCGCUUUACAGGUUUUCUGAUGGACUUCAUUUGACGUUUUGUGUUUUGUCUUGUACAUGUGUGUGUAUGUAGAAAGAGCCACAGUUGGAAGGAGCACCAACUAUUUUGGUGUACUUUGCUGAAUCAUGAUUUAUUUCAAAUGGGAGGUGCAGUUUGUUUACAAUAGAUGACCUUUGGAACACAGAUUCUUUUUUUUAAAUAAAGUCUGUAUGUGCAAAUGUC